AUGGCUCCCUCACAAGAACUCAGCGGCAUUCAAGUCGCAAUCAUUACUCCAUUUCAAGCUGACGGCUCUGUCGAUUACAAAGGUCUCGACCAACACGUCAACCGCCUCAUCGAUGCCGGUGUUCACGGUCUCGUUCCCGGCGGUAGCACUGGCGAAUUCACCGUUCUCUCCCAGGACGAGCGCAAAGCCGUCCUCGAGCAGGUGGUCAAGAGUGCCGCCGGUCGCGUUCCCGUCGUUGCUGGUGUUGGAACUUUGAGCACAGUCGACACGAUCGAUCUCGCCAAGCAUGCCGCCGGCCUAAAGGUCGCCGCGCUGAUGGUCGUCCCCCCAUUCUACGAUGCGCUCAACUACGAGGAGAUCAAGACAUACAUGAACGACAUUCACACAGCCUCCGGCGUCGAUAUCAUGUACUACAACAUCCCCGGCGCGAGCGGUGUCACACUCUCGCCCACACAGCUUGCCGGCCUCAAGUCCGUCGGUGUCAAGUACCUCAAGGAUACUUCAGGAAACGGACCCGCACUGACCGAACUGCUCUUCCAACUCGGCGACGAGAUAACCACAUUUAAUGGCUGGGAUACUUUGACCUUUUACGGUCUAGCUGCCGGUGCCAAGGGUUCCAUCUGGGGCGCCACCAACAUCAUUCCCGAGCUCAGCGUCGAGUUGUGGAACGCGUUGGCAGUCAACAAUGACCUGAAAAAGGGACGCGAAAUUUGGGCCAAGAUCUUCCCUAUUUGUAAGUUCCUCGAGUCAACUAACUACUGCGCGGCCGUCAAGACGGGAAUGGAGCUGCGCGGAUGGUCAACGGGUGGUCUGAGGAAACCAUUUGCCUUGCUGAACGAUCAGCUGCAGGCCGAGUUUGUCGUGCAUUUGCAAUCGGCUGGCGUUCAAACCAUUAAGAAAUAG